GCCGUCUGACCUUUUUCUUCCAACAAUGGCGUCUCUUUGAAACAUCCAAAAUCUAGAAAAGAGUAAAAUAAACCCAGAAUCCAGAUAAAACAAACUUGCUAAAAGAUGAAUUUUUGAGGGCUUGUCUCCUAAUUACAGAAUCCUUUCGUCCUUCCUUUCUCUUCUCGACUUCUUUCUUUCGUUAGGGAAUUGGCCGAUUGGGUUCGAUGUCCUGCGGCGAAGAAUUUUUAAACAGGAAACAUGGCGGAUAAUUCCAGAGAUACGGAAAGGACGAUGGAUGGUGGUGGCACUGAGAUGGGAAAUGGCAUCCCAGCUUCCACUUCUUCUGGGUAUCGAUUGUUCGGCCGGCAGGUCCCUCUGCACCAGUUCAUGGGCGGUGGAAGAGCUGCUGAUGUACUCUUGUGGAAGCGACGGCACAUUUCCUUUGGUGUUGUUGUUGUGGUGACAUUGGGGUGGUUCUUAUUUGAACGCUCUGGAUUACCAUUCUUAACAGUUAGCUCAGAUAUCAUGUUGAUUCUGAUAGUUAUGUUGUUUGCCCAUUCCAACUAUGCUGCUAUGAGAAACAAACAACCGCAGGCAUUACCUGAACUAGUUUUGUCGGAGGAAAUGGUCAACAGUGUUGCAGCGUCUUUUCGAGUUAAAAUUAACAACAUGCUUCUCAUGGCUCAUGAAAUCACCCUUGGCAAAGAUUUUAGACUCUUCUUUAAGGUGGUUGUCUCUUUGUGGCUCUUAUCUGCGAUUGGUAGCUACUUCUCUUUCUUCACUUUAGCCUAUAUAGGAACAGUGUUGUCAAUUACAGUUCCAGCAUUGUAUAGCAAGAACGAAGAGCGAGUGGAUAGAUAUUUCGGGAUGAUCCAUAAGAGGUUUAAGAUAGUGGAUGAGAGUGUGAUUAGUCGAAUCCCUCAGGGAUUGUCAUCCAAGGACAAAGAUACCUGACUGGUACGGCAUGUACAUACAUAUAUUGGUGAAUGCUUGUUGUCUUCUGGUUGUCAAGGGCAUUGUAGCUGGUUUUGGAGGAAUUGCUUUUGUACAAAUGAACCAAAAUUGAACUAGAUUGUUCCCCAUGCCGGUACUAUUGAUUUUGGCAUGAGAUCGAAAAUUUGAUUAAGCAAGUUGCAAAAUUUUAUAUAAAAGGUGUUUUUUCCCCCCUUUA